UCCUGCUGAGCAAGGGUCGACCGAGACGCACUCAUGCUAGUGUGUUGUGAACCGUGGCCACGCAUAGAACCAAGCAAGUAUGAGUACCGACGAGAAGUACGUCUUCUACGGUGGAUCGUUGGAGGAACCGAUCGAAGCCGGAUGUAAUUCGCUUGGUGAACUGAUCAUCAAACGUCUCAAAGAGAACGGAGAUGGGGUAGCGUUCAUCGAUGGCGUGACAGACGAAAAGUUUACGUACCCCGAUGUACUGGAACGGUCCGUCCGACUGGCAAACCGGUUCCACCGGCUGGGCAUCAAGAAAGACUGCGUAGUGGCGGUAAUGUGCGAGAACCGUAUCGAGAUGCCGAUCGUGACGUUCGCUGCGACGUACCUGCGAGCAAUCCCGAUACUGCUUAACCCUGGCUACACCGCAACGGAGCUGGCGCAUGUGCUAAAGUACACACAGCCGCGUGCCAUCUUUGCAUCGCCGCUCGCUAUGGCCACCCUACAACCUCUGCUAAAGACAGUGUCAUCCAUCAAGCUGACUGUACUGUUCGGCGACAAGAAACCGAACUCGAAGGUGACACUGUUUCGCGAGCUGUUUGAUCGUAACCGGGCGCAGUACAUCAGCUUUACACCGCAACCGGCAAAGUUGGGCGAUCAGGUUGGCCUGAUGGUGUUAUCGUCCGGCACAACGGGACUCCCGAAGGCGGUGCAGUUAACCCAUCACAACAUCAUGUGCGUGCUGGCGUAUAUGCGCGAAAACUCAAACCUCAUUCCGUUCGAACAGAUCGGACUUGGACUGUUGCCCUUUUUCCACGUGUACGGUUACAUGGUGCUGAUGCACUCGCUGCUCAACAAGAGACUGCUGAUUGCGUUGCCCCGCUUCGAACCGACGCUAUUCCUUUCCACGAUACAGAAGUACCGCGUUACGGUCGCAUCGCUUGCACCACCGUUGAUGGUUUUCCUCGCCAAACAUCCACUUGUCGACAAGUACGAUCUGAGUUCGCUCGUGUUUCUCGGCUGUGGAGCAGCACCACUCAGCAAAGAGCUCGAGCUGGCCGUCAUGAAGCGGCUACCGAACCUGCAGAUGAUUUUGGUCGGCUACGGACUGAGCGAAACGUCACUCGGUGUAACGACACGGCACUCGGACCUACACGGCAGUGUCGGUAAAGUGAACAAGCUGAGCUGGCUAAAGGUGGUCGAUGUGGAAACUGGUCGUACGCUCGGUCCACAGCAAACGGGUGAGAUCUGCGUCAAGGGUCCGCUGGUGAUGAAAGGCUACCUUAACAAUGAUCGUGAAACGCGCGCCAUGUUUGAUCGUGACGGUUGGCUUCACACCGGCGAUACGGGCUACUUCGAUGAGGAUGGAAACUUUUACAUAGUCGAUCGCAUCAAGGAUCUCAUCAAGUACAAGGGAUUCCAGGUGCCACCGGCCGAGGUAGAAGCGGUACUGCUGACCCAUCCCAGCAUUAAGGAUUGUGCGGUUGUAGGGCGACCGGAUCUGUCCGCUGGACAGUUGCCGGUAGCGUUCGUGGUGUUACAGCCUGGUGCAAACCUUACCGAGGACGAGGUGAAACAGUACGUGGCGGAGCGACUGUCCAAACAGAAGCAACUUCACGGGGGCGUUCGUUUUUUGCACGAAAUACCGAAGACGGCCAGUGGGAAAAUUUUGCGACGCGAGCUGGCCGCACUAUUCCCUAAGGCGAAGCUUUAAAUCAAGCGAAUGUGAUGUGUCAUGCUGAUAAAAGUGGAUCAUAAUCGUAAGCGUAAGGUCAAUAAAUGCGGGAGGCA